AUGGCGUCUCAAAUAUCACGUUUCUUUCCCCGAAUCAGAACCGCGUCCCCCGCUCUGUCCCGCGGCUGUGCGGACUUUCUGCACACCGGUGUCAACUUGCACAACUCUUUUUUAGGCGCCGUGGCGGCCGCGCUGAGACGCCCGCUGCAUUCGUGGGCGGGGCGGAGCGGUAAGGGGAGCGCUCGCCGCGUCUCCGACUCCGUCCCCGCCCGGCCCAACGCCUCCUCCUCACCUGUUAGGGCUCGCGGCAGGGCGCACGAGCUUUCUUGGACCGCCGUUGGCGCGGUCGGAGCGGCCGUCUACUACGUCCACAGCAGCGCGCGCGCCGCCAUGGCCGCGGGACCCGAGCGCCCGGAAGUGGACGUGAACUCCGCCGAGGGAGACUGGAGGGAGGCCAAGGACUUCUUGCUGUCCCUGUCUGUGGAUGAGAGGCGCCAGCACUACAGGACCUCUACCUAUGUGACGCUGGACAAGAUCCCAGUGUGGACUCCCACCUCAGAUGGUAGUGAGCGGCCCCGUUACCCCAGGAAUGAGAAGCUGGACCAGAAGAUUUCCCUCUACAGCGGCGACAUCACCAAGUUGGAAAUAGACGCAAUAGUCAAUGCAGCCAACAAGACCUUGCUGGGGGGUGGAGGAGUGGACGGUGCUAUCCAUCGUGCUGCAGGUCCCAAGCUAAGGAACGAGUGUGCUACCCUGAACGGCUGUGAGACUGGACAAGCCAAGAUCACCUGUGGCUAUGGUCUCCCUGCAAAGUACGUCAUCCACACGGUGGGGCCCAUAGUGAUGGAAGGUGUGACGGAGGAGGAGAGGUCGGCUCUCAGGGCAUGCUACAGGAACUGCCUGGAGACCGCCAUGACGCCCCAGCAUGCCGCCCGCUCCCUGGCCUUCCCCUGCAUCUCCACCGGGGUGUACGGAUACCCACCUGAGCAGGCGGUGCACGAAGCGCUGUCGACUGUGAGGGAAUUUCUGGAUGAGCAUCAUGACAAGUUGGACAGGGUCAUUUUCUGUGUGUUCUUACCAACGGACAAGGAGCUGUAUCUGAAGAACCUCCCUCUCUACUUCCCUGGGGGUUGUCCAUCCAUGUUUUACUUCUUUUGA